UUGCUCACGCAGGGCGGAAGAAUCUAAAUAGUUCACAGAAGUUUAGUUGUAAUCAAUAUUUAAUUUUGGACAUACUGACGGUAAUUUAAACUUCAAUGAAGAGGAUUUUGGCUAAGGCGAAAGCUAAGCAAGAUGGAGGUGUUACUGUGGAACAUGCCCUCGAAAAAUACGUGGAUCGUCCGACAAUUGCAUGGAAUCUUCUCGAGUCAUCUCAAGUUGUAGAAAGGCUAAAGCUAAAUGAUAUACGAAGCCCAAAGCCUCCUGGGCACACAAGAUUUGUCUGCAUUUCAGAUACACACAACAGAACGGAUAGAAUGGAACAUGCUAUUCCCGAUGGGGAUAUCUUAAUUCACGCAGGAGAUUUCACCAGUUGUGGAACCCGUGAUCAAGUGAUCCACUUCAACAGAUUUUUAGGGACACUCAAUCAUCCUCACAAGGUUGUCAUCGCUGGUAAUCAUGACAUUUCGUUUGAUCUCAAGAGCUACGAUUCUCUGUGGUCAAACUUCACACAGAUCAGAGAGGAACCUGAGGAAACUCGGAAGCAACUUACAAACUGCAUUUAUUUGGAAGACGAGGAAAUAACUGUGCGGGGAUUUCGAAUUUAUGGCUCCCCAUGGUCACCUGAGUUUUGCAACUGGGCCUUUAUGAAGCCUCGUGGUCAGCCAAUGCAGGAGACAUGGAACAAAAUCCCAGAUGGCAUUGAUAUCCUUGUGACCCAUGGCCCACCCUUAGGUCAUGGUGAUCUUGCAGUUUCAAAGCUAAGAGCUGGAUGUCUUAAUCUCUUACACACAAUACAGUCUCGCGUCAAGCCCAAGUAUCACAUUUUUGGACAUAUUCAUGAAGGAUAUGGAAUAACUACAGAUGGAGUUACAACAUUUGUUAAUGCCUCAUCAGUAACAAUCCAGUACCGGCCGUCUCAUCCACCAAUAGUAUUUGAUCUCCCAAACAAAGAAAGCCUUGAUCAAUCUUGAUUUAACCUUUGCAGCAUUCACUUUCUGUUAAGUUUUAACAUGGGGUGUAUUUGAAUCAG